AAAGAAGAAGAAGAAGAAAAAAAAAAAGAAACAGGAGAAAAGAGUGCUGCGCACCUUAUUUCCCUUCUAUACGAAAACCAACUUUUCCGCCUAAUAGCAACAUCGGGACAUCGACCCAUACAUACACGUUCAUACAUACCUGCGAAGGUAUCCAUAAACAAUCAGCAAACCAUUCACUCGGGCACGAAAUCCAGGGACAAUAGCCCAUUCGCUUUGCAUUGUGGGGAAGAUUCCAGCAAGAACACCCGCAGCUAUUAAAGAGAUUCCCAAGAGGAUCAAAAAAAUAGCCAUUCACCCAGGCGAUUGAAGACCCCAACACUGUGUAUAAAGCACGAUACUUCCAGGUCUUUAUUCCUCACACCCCUCUAAUACGUUCUCAAAUCAACAUCGCACCGCGAGAGCAGGGUCUGGAACCACAGAGAGCUCCACUACCUACCCCGUCCAUCAACCCAUCAGCGCACUGUCGAAAAAGAAACCCACCACCAUCUCGAAGGAAAACCAUGACUAUCAAAGCUCUCAUCCUUGACGGCGUCCGGAAACGCUACAGCGUCGGUUCCACAGUCGGCACGGUUGUCGGAUGCUCGCUCCGCUUCCUACAGUUUGUCUUUGCCAUCGCUGUCAUCGGCCUGUACGCGCAGGACCUUGUCAAGCAGCGCAAGGAUGGCGGUGGAUAUGACCCCAAAUGGACCUACGCCACCUCCCUCGGCACAAUCUCCUCCCUCUCCGCCGCCGUCUACUUCACAAUCCCCCUCGUCAUGCCCGCCUUCUCCCUCCUGCCCACCGUCAACCUCCCCACCCUCGUCUACGACAGCAUCCUCAGCAUCCUCUGGCUGACCCUCUUCGGCAUCUUCGGCAAACUCUACAUCACCCGCGACGCGCCGGAGGGCCACGUGGAUACCAUCCGCAUGAAGCAUGCGGUCUGGGUGGAUUUGGCGAAUUUGGCGCUGUGGACGGCCACCGCCGCCUGGGCGGGUGUUCGGUGGUGGAAGAGUGGAAAGGGGCGGAGACGGGAGGAGAAGGAGAGUGAGAGUGAGAUGGGGGAGGUGUGAGGAGGUUAUUAAUUGGAUGCUCGCUUGUGUUUCGCUUUUGUUCUUUUGUCUUGGGUUCUUAGUUUUUUUGGAGGGGGUUCGGCUGGAUUUUUGAACUGCUCUUGUUAUUGUUGUUGUUACCCACUAGCUCUUUUUUAUUUUAUUUUUUAUUUCUUAAUUUUUUUUAAAAAACCUGUCCUUGAUUAUCUGGCAUACUAAGGGCGUGGGAAUUGACUAGGUAACUAGGUCUAACUACUGUCUGUAUUAUGUUAUUUUAUUAUUUUCUGUUUCCCUCGCAUUUCCCCCUCCCUUUUAACUACGUUCUCCCAACUGGUUAUUUUCUUUUUGUUUGUAUCUGGGUCUGUUAUUGGACCCCUUUUUUCUCUUUUCAAUUAUUACCCAUUUGACAGGAAUCAUGGGCCUAUAUUCUUAAAAACUUAAUAUGACAGACUAGUUUUGUCUUACGAACGCUUGAC